AUGGGGGCUGAGAGGAAACUGUUCAACGUUUCACACGGAAAGAAACCGACUCAGUUGCUUUGCUAAUUGGUUCCCACCCACCGGAUAAUCCAGUCUCCCAGUGAGACGACCGCACCACCUUCUCUUUUUUCCCUGCAAAUCUCCCGUCCCCAUGCAUUUAUGCCUCCUCACAUUCUCACAACCACCACAUCUUCUUCUUCUUCCCCAUUCCCUCUCUCUCUCUCUUUCACUCCUCUCCUCCACUGCAUUCCAUGGCCAACCCAACUGGGUAAAAACGUAAAAUUAAGUUACCCACAAAAUUUUCAUCUCAAUUAUGGCGCUUGAGUUGAAUUCUCCCGCCUCUACUUGCUUGUUGAUGCUGCUCUGCUUCUGGGUUUUCACUGGAAGUCUCGUUUCCUGUUUGAGCUACGAUGGGUUGGCUCUUUUAUCGCUGUUUAACAGGUGGGAAGCCUCUUCCGUUCCUCGACCCGUUGUUUCCUCAUGGAAUGCUUCGGACCAAACUCCAUGUUCGUGGGUCGGCGUCGAAUGCCACAAUUUCACUCGCCGUGUGGUCUCCCUCAACCUCACCGGCUACUCGAUUUCCGGCGAGUUGGGCCCGGAAAUUGGAGGGCUUUCUCGGCUGGCCACUCUUGAUUUGAGCUACAACAACUUCUCCGGCGAAAUCCCCUGGCUCCUGGGAAACUGUGCCGGCCUGGAGUAUCUCGAUUUGUCGAACAAUGGGUUUACCGGCAGAAUCCCUGGAAGCUUCCGUAACUUGAGGAGGGUGAAAACCUUGAGCUUGUUCACCAACUCGCUGAGUGGUGAGAUUCCCGAGUCCUUGUUCCAGAAUACGCCUCUGCUGCAAUAUGGGUAUCUGCACGAGAAUGCGUUCAAUGGUUCGGUUCCGGGGAGUGUUGGUGAGUUGAAUGAGAUUGUUGAGCUUUGGUUGUAUGGCAAUUCGUUUACUGGUUCGAUUCCUGAUUCUAUUGGGAAUUGCAGAAAGUUGCAGACUCUUUAUUUGCAAGAUAACCAGUUAACUGGUUCCUUGCCUGGGAGCUUAGGUAGUCUUAGAGAACUUGUUAACUUAUAUGUUUCUCAUAAUAGUUUAGAGGGUAGAAUUCCUUCAGGGUUUGGAAAUUUGAAGAGUCUGAGCUUUUUGGACUUAUCUUACAAUCCGUUUAGUGGUGGGAUCCCAGAGGAUUUAGGUAACUGUAGCAGCUUGAACACCCUGGCUAUUGUUCAUAGUAAUUUGACAGGCAACAUUCCUUCAUCACUGGGCCUUCUGGAGAAUCUGUCCUCUCUUGAUCUUUCCGAAAAUCAGCUGUAUGGAAAGAUUCCUCCUGAGCUGGGGAACUGCAAGUUAUUGACAAGCUUGAAGCUUUACUCAAACAAGCUUGAGGGAGGGAUACCGGGCGAGAUUGGCUUGCUUCCUCAGUUGCGUGACCUUGAACUGUUCAACAACAAUCUGAGUGGUGAGAUUCCCAUCACCAUUUGGAAAAAUCCGAGCCUUGAGUUCCUUCUAGUGUAUCAGAACCGUCUUUAUGGUGAACUACCUGUUGAGAUGACUGAGCUCAAGCAACUGAAGAACUUGUCUUUGUAUGAGAAUCAGUUCUCUGGUGUGAUACCACAGAGUUUGGGGAUCAACAGUAGCUUGUUGCAGCUGGACUUUACAAGUAAUCAGUUCACUGGUGAAAUUCCGCCGAAUCUUUGCUUUGGAAAGCAGCUCAGAGUUCUCAACAUGGGUAAGAAUCAGCUCAAGGGCAGUGUCCCUUCUGAUGUUGGGCAGUGCUCAACUUUGUGGAGAAUGAUCCUUAGUGAGAACCAUCUCUCGGGUCCUCUUCCGGAAUUUGCAGAAAACUCGAGCCUCUCACGUGUGGAUAUCAGCAGAAAUGACAUCAAUGGGUCUCUUCCUUGGAGUCUAAAGCACUGUGGAAACCUUACAUUUCUCAAUCUUUCCAUGAACAAGCUCACAGGAUCCAUCCCCAGGGAGAUUGGAGAUCUCGUUAAGCUUGACACUCUGGAUCUUUCAGACAACCAGUUGGAAGGUUCAUUACCAUCUGAGCUAUCAAAUUGUUACCAGUUGGAGAAGCUUGAUGUAGGCUUCAACUCACUAACUGGUUCUAUUCCAACUGGUUUCAGAAACUGGACAAAACUAGCAACAUUGGUACUGAGUGAGAACCGUUUCACCGGAGGGAUUCCAUCAUUCUUAUCAAGCCUUGGGGAGCUUGAAGAGUUGGACCUUGGUGGAAAUUCCUUAGGAGGAGAGAUUCCUUCCUCCCUUGGAUCUCUGCAGAGUCUUCGGUAUGGACUGAAUCUCAGCAGCAACGGGUUAACUGGUUUGAUUCCUUUGUCAUUAGGAAAGCUGAACAUGCUGGAACAGCUGGACAUAGCAAACAACAAGCUAACAGGUUCUUUAGAACCUUUGGAAAACAUCCGAACUCUCCUCCUCAUCAAUGUCUCAUACAAUCUACUCACAGGUCCAAUACCCGAGACUUUAUAUCGUUUCCUCAUCUCAUCUCCAUCUGCAUUCUUGGGCAACCCGAGUCUAUGCAUCGAUUGCCAUCGAAACCAGACUGACGGGGUUUGCACUUCGAACACUGGUAUCAAGCCAUGUCAAAGCAAGAAGAGAGGGCAUAGCAUAUUGGAAGUUGCAGCCAUAUCACUUGCCACAAUAAUUGUUGUUCUUUCGCUUCUAGGACUGUGCUGUUUGAUCAUUGUGUGGAGACCCAAGAGGUGCCAUGAGAUUGUUGCUGCCGGGCUGGAGGGCCCACCGUCGCUUCUCAACAAGGUGAUGGAAGCUACUGAGGAUCUGAAUGAGAAGCACGUUAUAGGAAGGGGAGGUCAUGGAACUGUGUACAAAGUUCCAAUGGAAGAUGGUGAGAUCUUUGCUGUGAAGAAAGUGAACUUUGCAGGCCAAAGAGCCGGGAGCAGGAGCAUGAUGAGAGAGAUCAAGACGAUUGGGAAGAUUCGGCAUAGGAAUCUCAUCAAGCUAGAAGAUUUCUGGUUGAGGAAGGAAUAUGGGCUGCUUCUCUACAGUUAUAUGGAGAAUGGAAGCCUCUAUGAUGUUCUUCAUGGCAACUUUGAAGAAACUAUAGAAUGGGAUGUGAGGUUUAGGAUAGCUCUUGGAACUGCUCAUGCUUUGGAGUAUCUGCACUAUGACUGCAACCCUCCGAUAGUACACUGUGAUAUCAAGCCACAGAAUAUUCUGCUGGAUUCUGACAUGGAGCCUCACAUCUCUGAUUUCGGCAUAGCGAAGCUCCUCGACCAGUCUUCUGGCAGCUCAACUCAGUCGAUGAUGGUUGAUGGAACCGUUGGAUACAUAGCUCCAGAGAUGGCAUUUGCAACAAGCAAGAGCAAGGCAUCAGAUGUUUACAGCUACGGGGUCGUGCUGCUCGAGCUGAUCACAGGGAAGAAGGCAGUCGACCGGUCAUUUCCAGAAGGAAUCGACAUAGUGACGUGGGUUCGAUCCACUUGGGAUGCCGACCCUGAUCAAGACGUGAAGUCCAUAGCUGAUCCCAGGCUUGCUGAUGCAGAUCAAGAACUGUUCCUCGAUUCAAGCGCGAUGGAACGAAUUGAGAGAGUGAUCAUGGUCGCCUUGAGAUGCACAGAGAAAGAGCCCAACAAGAGACCCACAAUGAGAGAUGUCGUGAAGGAACUGUUAGGUCCUAACGUUCCCUUAACAAAGCCAAUGCAGGUAGCUGCUGACAUAGCCUGCUCCAGUGAUUUCACUAAACAGUGAGAUUAGUUAGUGGCAUAGUUUGUAGCUUCUUUGAUGAAUGAUUAGGAGAAAAGCUGAUUAUAUGGUUCUUAGGUAAUUACUGAUUACCUACCAUUUGACAAACAAUGAUUACUCCCAAACCCUUGUGUUCUGCAACUGAUUCUUUUCAGGGUGACCUGAUUACCAAAAGAGGCAAAAUUAAUAGCUUGAUCAAUCAGUUUAAGUACACAGUUAGUGUUUCAUUUUUUCAUACUGGUCGU